AAGUAAAAUCGUGACGUAUGCCAAUGAAGUAACAGGCCUAUGCCAGUAUGUGACAGUUAUAGGCCUAUGUGUACGUUGUCAAAACUAAAAUUCAAUGCAUGACAAUUUUAGAAAGAGGGCAUUCAGGACCUUUUCGUGAAAGGAACCCUUUGGAUUGAAGUAUCAAUAUCGGAUUGUUGUUCUAGCUUGGCACGCGAUCACUGAGACCAACUACUGAACGGAUACUAUUCGUGAAAUGGAUUCCACAGAUCUGUAGUUAAUGUUACAGUAGAAAACAUAAAUGAAAGGAGAUACACUUUUGACAGAACUGCUGGCCUGGAUACUUGAAUGAGAUAUUUCAAGCAAGGUAGAGUGUACAUCCAAAAUGUGACGAAAGCAAGGACCCAAAUCUUUUCAGUGCUCCAAUUUAUGUGUUCAUCGUUUUGAUUGGUGGUUUCAUCACACGUGACUACUGCCAUGAUGAUGUUGCCAGAGCAACGCGUGGAGGAGACGAAGAAGUUGUCUUUCCUGAUGGAGGUACGGCAGAGGUACCAACAAUGGAUGACAGAAAACAGAGAUAGCAUGGAGGACCGUCAUCAGCGAAUCUCCACGAUCAAGGUCCUGAUCGAAGCUUUCACCGAAAAGAUGAUCAAGAACAAGAAACGAUUUGACAGCAAACUACUCUACAGUAUGUUGAAAGAACUGAGUAAACGAACAAAAGUCGAUUCUUUGGGCGAUAUUCAGGAAUUUGUCGAUAAGACUGAGAAAAAGUUGGCUGCGGGUACGCCUCGGCCGAAAAAGUCAGGUGGGAAAUCGCCGACGCCCAGUGUUUACAGUGCGGCAACCAUGACGUCAGCACGCGAAAGCAGACGGACCAGCAUCGUUCAAAGACCGGAAGCCAUCUUGACUUCAAGCGACGCCGAGGAAAACCUGUACAGUUAUUUCCAAUGGUUUCUGAGUUAUCUGCAGUAUUUACGAGAUUUGAAGAACAAUUUCGAUCAGCGGAUUUUCUACCCGAUGUUUCAUUUGCAGCAGUCGGAGGCUGCGACGAUGGACGAAGAAUCCCGCGAAGAAAACGAACAACUCCGAGAGACUCUGUACAAAUCCCGAACGAUUCUUUCGUCACUCGGAGAAGACUUUCGCGAACUGCUAGAAAUGUGUGAUGACGAGGAGGCGGGGAAUGCUAUGAAUGGUUUGCUUUAUAUUGGAGGUAGAUGGGAGAGCCUCCUAGCGGACAAAACCGCCAUAGACAAGGAUUAUUUCAGUUUGGAAAGCGAAGCGCUUGUGCAGAACUUUAAAUGCAGCGAAAAUCUGUUGUCCAUUAUUCGGUUAGUUCCGGAUAUUGUAGUAAAGGGGAUGAAAGCUGAAACCCUGGUAAAAAAGUGGUGUGCUUUGAACGAGAAACGCAAUAUGAACAUUAGCGACAGACUAGCCAGGAUCAAGAAAAUUCGAGGCGGACUUUCAAAGCGCUCGGACGAUUUGCUGAAGAAGAUCAAAGGACAGGAAGGAAAGUUGUCGAAAGAAACGGCUGAUUUGGAUGGAAUGUUAAAACGGGAGGAUAGGUGGGACAUCUUGAAAGUCCGGUUCGACGAGGCCGAGGAGAAGAUACACCACCUCCAGGCCGACCUACGUCAUAUGGCAGAGGAAAAAGAAUCGUUGGCCAAAGCGCUCGUCGCGUCGGCGCGGAAAGAUACAAACGACUUUGACAAUUUGAAAGUGGAGUACGAGGAGAAUCAGGCCCGGUUCCAACGGGUUGAACAGCAGCUAAGCGUUCAGCUAUACAAACGAAGUAUCAUUGAGAGUGACCUUGAAGUAGAAAUGGCGGUCAAGCCGAGUUUGCUCCGCCAUACCGAUCAUGUCCAGGAUAUGUGUGAGGUGAUUGAGAAGGAGCUGGAGCUGGCCAAAACUGAGAGGCAGGCUCUGGAGAAUCUCCUAGCGCAAUUGAAGGACGAAGAGAUCCGUCUGCAGGAGAGAGUCGCCCAGAGGCAGCCGUCGAUUGCCGUCACGGAGGCUUCGUCAGAGGGCACGUGACGCCCAUCACGAAUAUCGAAGACUCAAACUAAUUCCCAGAUCCGCUAUUAACUGGUAACUCCACGCGAGAACACACAUGGAUACGACAUACACUAUAACAUACAAUGUUUGGAUACAAUGUCGCCAGUACAUCCACGUGUGUGUGCGUGUGCCGUGUUGAUCAAUUAAUCUCCGUACAGCGGCGGCCUGCACCUGUUCGGAGUGUGUCUCAACCUUGUGUUUUGCAUAUGGCGCCGCCUGGGGUUAGAAUUGAGAAAUAGAUUAAACUCGCCCCAAGUAAUUAGGUGUGAACGAACGGCGUACCGUGAUGGAAACCAUCUGAAAAUGUUAAUGAUCCCAAAAUGUAAAGGUUGUUCGCUCCUAAGAUAAACAUCCCAAGAGUAGGAUAAAAUAAACAGUAUAUUAUAGUAUUUUAAAGAAAAUCACGUGAUCUAGACCAUACAGAGCAUUCUCCAAGCGUCGUCAACGGUAACCAUCGUUGCCAAGUCUCACUCGACCUACUGGACAUCUAUGUGACAAUUUCAGCGGGUGCAUGUAAAUUAGACAUUUGGCCCGGGAGAUUGCAUACAGAGAUGUAUCCCAGUAUCAAAGCAAUUCGCAGGUACCUGCUGUUCAUUCCCAGUAGAAGGUUCUAUACACCGAAACGUCGGACAGAUUAUAUUACAUUGUGAUGCUUGUUUACUUAUUUCAACAUGUAUCCCAGUAUCCCACAUCAAAUAGAGACAUGGCACACCCUGUAGGAACAUAACGCAUCACUAUGUAGGGAGAGGCCACAUCCAAAUCAGACAGAACACGCCGAGAAGAGGCACGACACCCAGUAGAGACAUGGCACAUCCAGCAAAGACAUGGUACAAAAUUAACUGAACUUUGGAGGGACAUAUGACCGACUCUGAUAUUUAAGGUUGAGGACGGAGAUGAAUAGACAGUAUCGGAAGCCAUCACAACCCAAUUCCAGCAUUCUGGUUGUGACAUUGUCCUCGAAAUACCUCUUAUAAUCCGAUUUGUAAAUGUUUUGUCAAAGACAAGUAAAACUUUC